CCCUAAAGUCCAACUAUUUCACAAUUAUUCAUUUUUUAAAAUUAUAAACAAGAGGGCAGUAAAUCACAAAUUCCAGAUUGCUAGUGGGAAGAAUAGCUAAUAAGGUGGAUCCCAAAGCCAUUGGAGUCAACUGGUGAAAAUUAUGAUGCUACCAGUGAUUUUGCUGUUAAUCGUUACCUUAUUAACUGGGACAGAAGCUUCUACAGUAAAGAAGAAACAUCAUGACCAUCAUGAAGAAAAUAUUCAGGUUCAUGGCGAAGAAUCUGCUCUGGCAGCAGCUUCUUCGGCAAAUGUUGAUUUUGCUUUCAAUCUCUAUAAAAUAAUUGCUAACCGGAGCACUUCCAAUAUCCUCCUCUCACCUUUGAGCAUUUCCACGGCUUUAGCCAUGCUGUCUCUGGGAACCAGGUCUGCAACUUGUGAGCAGCUUUUCAAGGGACUUCACUUUGAGAAUAUGACACAGGAACGAAUAAUGCAAAUGAAUAGAGGAUACCAGCAACUCCUACAGGUCCUGACUGCAGAAAACAGUGAGAUGCAGUUGCUUAUAGGAAACUCUCUCCAUAUUCAAAAGGGGUUUGAUGUACUACAAAGGUUUCUAAAUGAAACCAAGAAGUUUUACGAUGCAGAAGUUUUUACUUUAGAUUUUCAACAGGAUCCUCAGAAUGCUAAACAACAACUGAACAAUUACCUGAAAACGGUAACAAAGGGAAAAAUUAAAGAGAUGUUUACCACGAUUGACCCUUCAACUAAACUACUGCUUAUUAACUAUAUCUUUUUUAAAGGGAAAUGGAAGAAACCAUUUGAUCCAGCGCUUACUCGAGAAGCAUUUUUUAAUGUAAAUAAAACCACAAAGGUAAAGGUUCAAUUGAUGUCCCAAAGCAGUCAAUUAAAUAAGAUAUCUGACCAUGAUAUUUUCAGCACCGUAAUCAAACUUCCUUAUUUUGGAAAUGCAUCCAUGAUUGCCAUCCUGCCUGCGGAAGGAGGACUAGAAUAUGCAGAACAAAAUCUUUCCAGAGAAAAAUUUGAAGAGUGGCUUCAACAACUGGCUUACAACAACAGGAAUCUACAAAGGAUCUUCUUUCCAAAACUGUCAUUGUCAAAGACGUAUGAGUUGAAAAAUAUCCUCACAGAAAUGGGUAUAAGAGAUUUAUUUACAUCCAAUGCCAAUCUGCUUGGAAUAAGUGAAAAUGAAAAUCUGAAAGUUUCAAAGGUUACUCAUGAGGCAGCGCUGGAGAUCGAUGAAAAGGCCACUGAAGCAGCUGCAGUCACUAAAGUACAAAUUGUUCCAUUGUCGCAUCAGUCGACAGUCAGAUUUGAUAGACCGUUCCUCUUUCUUAUCUAUGAGGAGAAUACAAACAACAUCCUCUUUCUUGGAAGAAUAAAAGAUCCAUCGAAGAAACAUUCUCCAUGAAUCUAACCUGCAUGUGGAAUAAUUCAGGCUAUUCUUCAAUUUUAGAGCUUGAGGUGAUAAGUCCAAUAUUGUAGUACAUCACCUUGAUAAUUAUUUCAUUAUUAAUUUCAUAAAUUGGUGGGAAUACACAGGAGAUCUACCAACAGCUGUAAAAACACAUUGACGUGUCACAACAGCAGAAUUAACUACAUUAAAAGAAAAUGAUUCUGCCAAGCAUGUCCUGGCCAAACCUACAGGAACAUUAAACCAAACACAAUUGAAUAUUGAAAGUUGAGCAAACAUUUCAUAGAGUUAUUUAAGCAACUGCGUAAAAUGAAAGCAGGAAAAAGUGAGAUGAUUUUUGAAAAAAAAUCUGAGAGAUUGCAAGAUCCAAAACGCAUUCAAAAAGCCAAGUUACAUACAAAAAUAUCAAAAAAAAUCAAUUGGUCUGAUGAGCCUAUUCUGCACAACACUGACUAUCUUCUGUGUAAUGAUAUUCUCUCUACCCAAAACACUUGCUUAUACAAUACAAAAUCAGAAGGGGAUAAGACAAAAAAUUCGAGGAAAUUCCUUGAGGACAACGAGGCAACAAUAAAAUACAGGACAAUGGAGGAAAUAGGGAGAAACUUAUAAAUAAAUGCUGCAUGUGCAGGAAUUGUAAAAUUGGACCAGAAAAUGCUGAUAAUACACAAUAGGCUCAUUAGUCUUGAACAAGUUGGUUUUUCCCUGCUAUACUUAAUUAUGGGUCUGCUCUUAAGAGGUCAAGUCAAUUUUCUCUCGCAGAAUGCCACAAUCCUACAUCAGUGUAGUAAAGGAUACAAUACUAAGGAGUGCUUAUAAAAUCAACGUUCAGAUUAGAAAAUCACAAAAUAACCAGGAAAACAUACCCUGUUCAUUUGCAGAUUUCUUUAUUUUCAUAUUUUCUUUUAUUAAUCAGCUAAAAUUAAGUAAUUAUCACUUCAAAACAAAUAUGCAUAAAAAUUCAGGAAGCCCAAAGAUCUGUUGACAGUGCUUAAUAAAACAUAGAUUUAUGUGUCUCUAUAUCUUUUCCCCGUAGAAUUGGUUUUCCCAUGACAUUUUAUGCUUUCAUGGUAGUGGUUUGGCCUCAGAAGGACAUAUUAUAUGGAUGUACCAUAGAUCAGACUGCAUCCAACAUUUCAUAUUACCAGCCACCAAUAAUAUUUUAUAAAUGCUCAAUAAAUCAUCUCUAUUCAUGUUGACUUCUAAUUUUUUUGAUGAAUUCUAAAUCAUUUAUAACAUCUCUCCUCUUAAACUAUCAGUACAAAAUUAUUAAAAGGGAGCCAAGGACACACUUCCACAAACUUCAACAUGCUGCAAAUCUCUUCACUGCCAGUGAAAUAAUGUAGAACAGUCUGAAACUGUUCAGACCUCUGCCACGAGUUCUGUGAAAAGAAUUGUUUAACCCACUAUCUGCCACUUACUAUAAUUUUUCUGCAAAAUUGCAGGAGCUCAGAAAGUUUCUCUGUACUGCUCAAUUCUGAAACAUCUGUGUGUCUUUAAAGCUGAUACAUUAAGUUAAUGAUGAGCCUCCUUUCCACUCAAGAAGUGACGGAGUAUAUUAUCGAUGUUACACAAUAAACAAUUCACUAUGAUGCUGGCUGGCAGGAAGAAGUAAAAUUACUUGCAGAGUCACAAUGAAAUAAGAAGAGGACAUUCAUCUGUUGGGUUGUAAUAAAUAAAAGUAAGAAAGUCUUGAAAA